AUGGCUAGCAAAAGAAAAUCCACAACUCCCUGCAUGAUACCAGUGAAAACGCUGGUGCUUCAGGAGACUGAACUGGACGCUGUAGAAGAUGAUCGUGAAGGAACACAACAGGAUGCUCCUGCGGAAGGGCCAGCAGCUGGUGAUGCUGGUGCCAGCAACACUAAUAAUGGAACUCUGUCUAACGGGCACCGUGGCAUUGCUGAUAGUGACACUUACAUCUGCAAGUCUUGUGACUUUGGGUCUCAAGAUGUUCAGCACUUCUUUGGGCACUUGGACUCUGAGCACUCGGACUUCAGCAAAGACCCUGCGUUCGCCUGCAUCGCGUGCAACUUCCUUGCAAACAGCCAUGAAGGGCUCUCCCACCACAACACGGAGUCACAUGCUGGCGAAACAAGCUUUGUCUGGAGGGUGGCUAAGCAGGACAACCGUACAACCGUGGAGCAAAGUCUCUGUGAGGCCACCAGCAGCCACGACCUUCCAGGAGAGGUCCCUGAAGAAGGGGUGGAUGGCCAAUCGGAAAUUAUCAUUACCAAAACCCCCAUCAUGAAAAUAAUGAAAGGUAAACCCGAGGCCAAAAAAAUCCACACCUUGAAGGAGAAUGUGUCAAGUCAGUUGGGCAGUGAGGCAGAGGUGAAAGACGGGGAGCAUUCCUUCCCCAACGGGUCCGUGCCCGUCAGCCAGCCCACUGCAAGCUCAACAAAAUCAUCUCAUGUAGUCAAUGGCUCCGUCAUAGGAAACGUGCCUGUUCUGCAGGCGGGUGUUGCACAACUUGUGUCACUGCAGCAGCAGCCCCCGUUGCAUCAGCAGCUACCGACAUCCAAGUCCCUUCCCAAGGUGAUGAUUCCCCUGAGCAGCAUUCCAACAUACAACGCCGCCAUGGACUCCAACAGCUUCCUGAAAAACUCUUUCCACAAGUUCCCCUACCCCACCAAAGCCGAGCUCUGCUACUUGACCGUGGUGACCAAGUACCCGGAAGAGCAGCUGAAGAUCUGGUUCACUGCCCAGCGGCUGAAGCAGGGCAUCAGCUGGUCCCCGGAGGAGAUCGAAGAUGCCAGGAAGAAGAUGUUCAACACUGUUAUUCAGUCCGUGCCACAACCCACCAUUACUGUUCUGAACACGCCGCUGGUUGCGAACCCCGGCAGCGUCCCCCAUCUUAUUCAGGCGACUCUACCGG